AUUUGAAUGUCAAAGAGAUAUUUUAUAAAUAAUUUGGAUAGUCCAUUAGGCUAAGAAUUUUACUCAUAAUUAGUAAAGGAAGAUAGUGAAGAAGGUGUUCAUAUGGCAACAUACACAAUUGAUGAUCCAAAUAAGAUGCCUCCAAAAGGUUUUAAGAAAAUAUUGAAACGGUAUGAAAAUUGAAUAUGUUAGAUGUAAGCCAAAGUUAUCUAGAAAAAAAAUGCUUGAAGAGUGUGAUGUUUAUGUAUAUGAUGUAGCAUCAGCAACAUAAUAAGAUUUAGAUUUUGUAUGCGAUAUAUUUAGAAGUAGUAAAACAACAUUAGAAGAAUAGAAAGUAUAAAUAUAUGUUAUAGAUAGGUAUUAAUAUUAGUAUCAUCUGUUUUAACAUGGAGUGCAAUGCCAGAUAAAGUAAAACCGAAAGUAGAAAAAAAAGCAGAUGAAGAAUAAGAAGGAGAAUAAUAAGAAUAAGCAGAAUAAUAAUAAAAGAAAGAGGAAGCAGAAGAAAAUUAAGAGCCAAAAGAUGAUGAAAAUUAAGAUUAAGAAUAAGAAUAAGAAUAAUAAUAAAUUUAGUAAUAAUAAAUUAUUGAAGUUCCUGAGGUCAUAGAAUAUGUACCUUGGGAAGAAGGUGAUUAUAAAUUAAGAAGUGCUUCUGCUUAAUAUUCAUAAUUGAAAGAUUGGGAGGAUAUGAUCUUAUCUUUAUAAAAAGAAAACCUUAAAAUUAUUGUUGUUUGUGCAGGCUUAAUAUAUGGUAAAGGAGAAUUGCUCUUUUAAAAAUAUUUUAAAGUAAAGUAUUUAAUAUUAUAAAAAGAAAGCUUGGUUAUAAUAACCUUAUAAAUUAAGUUAUUAACCAGAUGGUAAUAAUAAAGUACCAACAGUUCAUAUAACUGAUUUAGUGAAAAUGAUUGUAAAGGUUUCUGAAUCUAUUCCAGAAUCUAAUUAUAUUUUUGCUGUUGAUAACACUUAAGAUAGAUCUUAAAAAGCUAUUAUAUAAGGUAUAGCUACAGGUGUUGGAAGUGGUUGGAUUGAACAAAAUGAUGAUUUCUUUAAGGAUUUUACUCCUGAAGAAAUGGAUUGCUUUAGAUUACAUUUAGAUUGCAAACCAUCAUAAAUGUUUGUAGGAAAUGAAGAAACUCCAUCUGAUUUUGAAUGGCAUUGUGAAAAAGGAAUUGCUGUAAAUGCAAAAAAAAUAUUAUAAGAAUUUACUAUAAUUCAUAAAUUAAGACCAAUAAAAAUAAUUAUGGAAUCUAAAGCAGAAAACAUGAGAUUUUCAGAUAUAUUAACAAUGAUAAGUGAUCAUUAUAGAAUUCCAGUUAUAAAUUAACAAUAAAUAUUUCUAGAUGCAUAAGAUCCAAAUUAUGUAUUUCCAUAAGAAAUGUUGGAAGAUUUUACUGAAUAUUGGCCGACAAUUUAAGAAUAUAUUGAUAAUAAAACACCUGCAUAAUUAUCAGAAUAGUUAAAGAUUUAUUAUAAAGUAAUUAAAUGGCGAUUAAGUUAAAAUGACUGUUAAAAUAGAGGUUUUAUUUUAUAAAAUUUUCCAAAUUUCUUUGAAGAGGCUGAUUUCAUUUUUUAUCCAAAUAAAUAAAAACUUAAGAUGAAAAAGAAACCUAAGAAAAAACCAGUUGUUUCAGAAGAAGAAAAGAAAUAACCUUAAGAACCUGUUGUUGAUGAAAAUGGAGAUCCUAUUGAAUAAGAAUAAGCAGAAGAACAAUAAUAAGAAGAAUAACAAUAAGAAGAAGUUUAAGAAGAAGAAUAAUAAGAAGAAGAAUAAUAAGAGGAAGAAUAAGAAGGAGGACCAAAACCUGAAGAUUUUUUCCCAGAAUCUUACAUUGUAAUUAAACCAUUAGGAAAAACUGAUAAUUUUGAUUAUAAUAGAAAAUUAAUCCAUUUUUUUGGUGAAAGAAAUUUAGAUGCAUAUUUUAUAGAUCCCAGAAAAAAAACAAAUCAUGAUACUUUUGAAGAUUUAAGAAUUUAUAUUGAAAGAGUAAAUAUUAAUUUUAUUAAAUUAGAAUGGUAGACCAUAUAAUUAUUUAUAAAAUGAAUAAGAAUUAAUAGUUUAAUAUUUCAAUCUAUAGAGAAUAAAAGAUUUAACAAUAAAAUAUACUAGAAAGUAGGCAAUAUAGAUAUGGAAAGAGAUAACAAAAGUUAAAAAGGAUAAAAGAUAAGGUUUGGUUACAAAAUAUACAAAAUACAUAUAGGAGCAAGAAUAAGAAUUAUAAUAAGUGAAAUAAUUUCCUUUUAGAAACUAUCUAAUGGAUUUUGUGGUACCAGUAUUAAAUGAAGGAUUGGUAGAGGUAGCGCAUAUUCUACCAGAUGAUCCAGUAGAAUUUUUGGUAUAAAAAUAUUUAAUAGAAAUUAGGCGGAAUAUUUAUAUAAAAGAAGUUUAAAUGUUGACAAUGAAUGA